AUGGUUUCCACGCAGCGAGAUCAACCCCGGAACCAUCAUCCAACUGAAGCCGAGCCUGCCCAUACACGAGCCCAGCAAGCAAGAUCUUUUUGUCCCCGCGAGCUCGAGGCCCUCCGUGUUUUGAACCGGAAGCAGAAACAGUCCAGGAUUACUCCACGCCUUCUAGACACCAAGGAAGAGCAGCAGGACCACGCUGGCUUUGUUCCAGGAGGAUUUAUCGUCUGGGAAACUAUACCGGUGGGGAUACUACCCUCUUCAUGGCGGUGGUCAAAACCUCGUCUGGAAUUCAGACACAUCGACUCUACCACCAGAGCAGUCUGGUCUCCUGGUAAAUGGGCUGCUUGGGAGCUCGCUAAGCCUCCUAAGACGUGCAAAUACUGGUGGCGCCCCCGGGAUGGAUCUACCGAGGGUUGGGAGUGGUAG